AUGGGUAACUGUGACCAUGGACAGGAGAGUAAUCAAGAAGAAGGGGAGGAUGAUGGACCUUCUAGUUUAUGUUCUAGCUCAAAAAAGAAUUCAUAUUAUUGUGGUGAAGAAUGGUUGUAUUCAUUGGAGCAGAUGGAUGAAUAUGCUGACAGAGAACAUGUUCCUAGCACCAAUGGAAAAAUACCUUCAGUUGAUGAAGCGACGUUAGAUCAUCAAAGGCUACUAGACAGAUAUUGCUUAUUAGUUUGCAUGACCAAAAAUGCUAAGAAUACUUUUCUCAUUCAUAGAUUGCAGAUGUACAAGUUAGUUGAGUCUAUCAGAGAUGGAAACUGUCAGUUAUAUCCAGAGACAGACGUGGGAUAUGUUCCCAUAGAUUAUGAAGACUAUUUAGAGAAGAUGAUCAAGAACAGUGAAUGGGGAGAUCAUGUUACUUUGCAGGUUGCUGCAGAUACUCAUACAUUGCUGUAUAGAGUAAAGAUAUUUGUCAUAACAUCAUUCAAGAGCACUUGCUGCAUUGAAACUCUUCCUAAUUUUGAGGGAUCCAAACAAGUUAUUUUUCUGAACUUCUGGGCUGAGGUACACUACAAUUCAAUAUAUCCUGAAGGAGGUUGGCAGAUACUUUGUUAUGAGAAUCUUUUAGUGUCUACCGCAAAUGGUGCUUGGUUUAAGAUGUUGAUAGCCGACCAAAUCUAG